UGUUGUUUCUUACAUGUAAGUAAAGAAGAAGAACACGUUAUCCAUAUGACACGAGUUUACCAUUUAAACACUGAUCUGAUUCACACGGAGUUGCUUAAGCUGCACUAAAUGAACAAUGAAUCUUUCAGAUAGUUCAGUCAAAAGCAGUGAUUUACCAGCGAUUCAAACUGAUGUGUGUCAGCUGAAGAUCGGAUUCAUCGGAGCGGGAAACAUGGCUUUUGGAAUCGCGCAGGGCAUCAUCGCGUCAGGGAAGGUUCCACCCUCUAAUAUAAUUAUUAGCGCUCCAUCCAUGAACAACCUUCCUCGCUUUCAGGAGAGAGGCGUUUCUGUCACUCACUUGAAUGAUGAGGUUGUUGAACGCUCUCGGUUGGUGUUUCUGGCCGUCAAACCUCACCUUGUUCCAAAGGUUCUGAACGGAAUCUCCCGGAAUGUCACUCAGGAACACAUCAUCAUUUCCAUGGCAGCAGGAGUCACUCUAGAAGCACUUGAGGAGCUGUUGCCUGCUGGGACACGCGUGAUUCGUAUGAUGCCAAAUCUUCCCUGUGUGCUCUUGGAAGGCGCACUGCUCCUCGCCUCAGGCUCGUGCGCUGGAGAGGAGGAGGAGACUCUCCUGAAGACCCUCCUCAGCCCGUGUGGAUUGGUGGAGGCGGGGCCUGAGCCCUGGAUUGACGCCCACACAGGCUUGAGUGGCAGCGGCGUCGCGUUUGUGUAUGUCUUUGCGGAGGCGCUGGCGGAGGGUGCCGUUAAAAUGGGGAUGCCGAGCGCUUUGGCUCGACGGAUUGCAGCUCAGACAAUACUGGGCGCUGGAGUGUUACUGCGUGAUACCGGGAAGCUCCCAGCGGAGCUGAAGGCAGAGGUGUGUACGCCCGGAGGGACCACGAUUCACGGGAUCCACGCGCUGGAGAAGGGAGGAUUCAGAGCGGCUGCGAUGGGAGCUGUAGAGGCGGCCACUGAAAGAGCCAGAGAACUCGGAAAGAAGUAGAUGUUACAGGAACUGAAUGUACAUCAGAUUAUACGAGGGAUAAUUAACUUAAAACCAUUUAUGUCUUAUUUUAUGCACAGAGAUAGUUGAUGUUUUGAAUGUUGACUACUGGUGCUGAGGGAUACCGAUAAUUGAUUCAAAGGUGCUUUUUAAAGUACAGUACUUACAAAUGGAAUCAUCCAAGGAUGAGAUUGUGUUUUCUAUGUAAAGCGGACUAAAGUCUUAAGAGAACAAUAUAGACCCAGAAACCUAAGUUGCUUGUUUGUACUCUUUAAUAUGGUUUGUAGUAUAAUUUUAAGGUACUUGACAAACCAGAAACAAAUUCAGAAACCAAAGCAGCUCUGACAUGAUUACCUUUUUACAUAUAUAUAAUAUUAUGUGUGUAUGUAACAGGCCAGGUAGUUGUUGCUGUGAGGUUGCAGCCUUUAGCCUCCUCGUUAGAGCGUCCGACUCCCACGCCAGAGACCCGGGUUCGAGGCCCGCGCAUCGCGGGGCGAGUAGGACCUGGGUAGAGGGGUUACACACACAUAUAUAUAUAUGUGUAUGUAACCGAUAAAAGCAAAUUUUCACACUAUCAGCAUUGGCGGGUAGUUUAAAAACAGUCGAUAAUAAGGGCUGAUAUAUCCUGUCAAUCAAAAGAGGGCAGGAAAAUGCACUGGAUUUGUGCUUUGUAAAGAAAAUGCUAAGUAUUCAGUAUGAUGUUUAAUAUUGAAAGUACUUAUGUGAAUAACAUUCAGAAAAUUAAGAAAUAUUCAUUUAAAUGUCCACACCGAGUCAAACAAUCUGUAAACAUCAUAUGAAACUGUUUCUGUGAAUAAAUUAAUCUGUUAAAUUCA